AUGGCGUUGAAAAAGCUGCUAUCGCCUGACCAUGCGUCAAGCAUUUCAAAUCUUUUUUCAAAAUCGAAGCAAUCGGACGUUUCGGUGGAGCUCAAUGCGUUGAACACCGACACGAUCGAUGACAAAGAGAGCUCUCUGGAACAUGGCGAGGGCGAAGUUUGUGAGACUAAAGUGAAGAGGGCACUCAAGCCAAGACAUAUUUCUAUGAUUGCGCUGGGUGGAACUAUCGGUACUGGUUUGUUUGUGGGUAUCGCGACUCCGUUGUCCGAUGCUGGCCCAGUGGGCGCUCUGAUCGCGUACAUUUUCAUGGGCACCAUCGUUUACUUUGUGACACAGUCGCUUGGUGAAAUGGCGACAUUUAUUCCAGUCACCUCCUCCAUCACGGUUUUUUCGAAAAGAUUUUUAUCCCCUGCGUUCGGCGUCGCGAACGGAUACAUGUACUGGUUUAACUGGGCCAUUACCUAUGCUGUGGAAAUAUCUGUCGCAGGUCAAGUGAUUCAAUAUUGGACGGACAAGGUUCCUUUGGCUGCGUGGAUCGCCAUCUUUUGGGUGCUCGUUACAGCUGCCAAUUUUUUCCCAGUCAAGUUUUACGGUGAAGUCGAGUUCUGGGUUGCUUCCGUGAAAGUCAUUGCAAUCGUUGGAUACAUGAUCUAUGCCUUGGUCAUGGUCUGCGGUGGUUCAAAACAGGGUCCCAUUGGUUUCCGUUACUGGAGACAUCCCGGGGCUUGGGGUCCCGGUGUUAUUGCCAAGGGCAAAGCGGAGGCUAGAUUUUUGGGUUGGGUUUCUUCUUUGGUUAACGCUUCAUUCACUUACCAAGGUACUGAAUUGGUAGGUAUUUCUGCUGGUGAAGCCGCCAACCCUAGAAAAACUGUUCCAAAAGCAAUUAACAAAGUGUUCUUCAGAAUUUUAUUCUUUUACAUUUUGUCCCUAUUCUUUGUCGGCCUCCUAGUACCAUAUAACGACGAGCGUCUUUCCAGCACCACUGCUGUUAUUGCAUCCUCUCCGUUCGUCAUCUCUAUUCAAAAUGCCGGUACCAAAAUUUUACCACAUAUUUUCAACGCUGUAGUCACUGUCACAGUUGUUUCUGCCGCCAAUUCUAAUGUUUACGUCGGGUCUCGUGUUCUGUACUCAUUGGCUCUGACUGGCAUUGCUCCAAAACAAUUUGGUUAUGUCACGAAGCAAGGCGUUCCUUACCUGGGUGUUAUUGCCACUGCUUUACUAGGGCUACUUGCCUUUUUGGUUGUUAACAACAAUGCCAAUACUGCAUUUAACUGGCUUAUUAACAUCUCCACUCUAGCUGGACUUUGUGCAUGGCUGUUCAUCUGUAUUGCCCAUAUUAGAUUCAUGCAAUGCCUAAAGCAGCGUGGUAUUUCGCGUGACGACUUACCUUUCAAAGCAAAAUUGAUGCCAUGGGGUGCAUAUUACGCUACUUUCUUCGUAUUUGUCAUAAUUUUCAUCCAGGGUUUUACUGCUUUUACGCCCAAAUUUGACGUUUCCAGUUUCUUUACCUCUUAUAUCUCACUAAUUUUACUCGCAGUCGUUUUUGCGGGUAGUCAAUUGUGGUAUAGAUGUCGCUUCUUAACCAAACUUGAGGAUAUUGAUAUUGAUUCUGAUAGAAGAGAAAUUGAAGCGAUAAUAUGGGAAGAAGAAGAACCUAAGAAUUUGUGGGAAAAGUUUUGGACCGCAAUGGCUUGA